AUGGCAGUGGAAAUGAGUUUGCGCCAAGAGAGAGAGAAAGCGAGCGAGAAGCGGUCGUGCUACAACAGUCGGCAACUGAGGGCCUCUAAUGGCAGACAGACAGACAGACAGAAACAGACAGUUCGCCUCAAAUUGGACGUUUCGGGUAGCCAUGCCAACUUGGACGGAUUAAAGAGGCAACGUCACCGACUCUGGCGAGUGCGUAAGACGAAGAGAGGAAACAAGACGGAGCAAUCAAGAAAAGCAGGUACACGCAUUGAAAUGGCGACAAGUUCAACUGCACGUUCGCGUGCACGCACCAAGGUAAGGCUGGAAAUUGCCGGUGUACACGCACAAACAGACACACAACGGCAGGCUAAAAGCACACAAAGGUUUGGGCGAUGCGCGAUGAGCGAUGAGCGAGAGGCGAGAGGCGAGGAGUCAUUUCGGAGAGACUUCACAGACCAACAGUCGAAUAAGAAUGGCGGCGUCAGAAGCGGACAUUCAGGCCACUCACGGCCUCAUGGGCCAGCAGGCGAAAAGGCGAGCACACAGACGGUCGGGCGCACUCAGCAGCGCACGCGCCGACCAAGCACCAGGUGCUGGCUGAGAGCCUGGCUGGGCCGAUCAAUAGUUGGGCCUUGAUGUGCACAAGUGAGCGCCAGGUCAACUGGGGCUGUUAAAGCGGACCUCGAUGCUCGUCUGGCACGAUUGGCCAGUGUCGCCAUGCGGCGGAUGCGGCGGCGGCUGUGCAUGAGUGCCGCCGGCCAUGCACCCGCCAGCCGAAUUACGGAGCAAAGAGCAAGCAGCAGCAGAGCAGGCAAAGCAAUAAACGCGAGCCGAGUUCGAUACACCUCUUCGGUGCUCGUAAAUGACCGGUUUUUCACAAAUGCCUACUUGCACUCACGCAAACAGGCGUGCACACACGCACCGACAAGCACAAUAGCACUCACAUCCUGA